UAAUCCCUUAAAACGUGCUCAUCAUUGCCACAUCGGUGAAUUGUAUAAAACGGGUUUCAUAGCACCCGAAUCCUAAAUUUUCCCGCUGUUUCCUUCAAAAAGAGGAAUUUUCCAUCAUUUUCCCGCUUUUUCCUUCAUAUCAGUUCACCACCGAGACCCAAACGCAAGAGAGAGAAAGAAAAAUGAAUGCUCCAACGAAGAAAAAAAUUCAGAAAAAAUGCAAAAUCAGAGGCUACAAUAUCAAAGUCGAAGCUCUCGACGAGAUUCUUUCCUUCGUUACUCGCUUUGAACCCGCCGAACAAGACGAAGCCAUCGAUCUCGUCCUCGAUCAACUAGAAAGCGAAUCUCAGAAGUCUACUAUAAUCGAUGUGGAGCCGGUGCAACGAGUAGUGAAUUUGUUACUGGAAGCCGAUGCAGCGGAGGAAACUCCUAUCUUUGCUUCCUCUUCUUCUUCUUCCGCCAUUGCUGUGAUUAAUGUGUUCAACGUUCCUAGAUAUAAAUAUGAUGCUAUUAGAAGGAAUUUCUACCAAUACACAGGAAGCUCACCUAUACAUGGGGAUGCACAAGCAAAAUCCGCUCUGUACAGGGAUAGGUUUUUGUUAUUGUCUCAGAGACUUUCUCGUCACCAGGAUUUUUCGAGGCCGGCUUUUGAGUCCGAACUUUCACAAUUCCGGAGUUGUGAGAUAUCUCCUAUUCAAUCUCUGGUUGGGCAAAAAGGUAGAAGAUGGGUAAUGGGAGUAAUUUCUCAGCUGGAGGAUGGCCAUUUUUAUUUGGAAGACCUUACCGCUUCAGUUGAAAUCAAUUUAUCUGAUGCUAAGAUUACUACAGGAUUCUUCUUAGAGAACACCAUAGUUGUGGCUGAAGGCGAGAUGCUCGUAGAGGGUAUUUUUAAGAUUUUUACAUGUGGGUUUCCACCAUUAGAGGAUAGAGAUAAAUCACUUCAAGUGCUUGCAGGGCAUGACUUUUUUGGUGGUGGUACUUUUACAAAAGAAGAAACGAUUAGGCUGGAAGAAAUGGAGAAAAGAGCAGUCAAUGACAUGUUUGUCAUAUUAUCUGAUAUUUGGAUAGACAAAGAAGAGGCUAUAGGAAAGAUAGAGACUGUUCUUGAUGGUUUUGAGAGUGUGGAAGUGGUUCCUUCCUUAUUUGUUUUUAUGGGAGACUUCUGUUCUCAACCAUGUAGCCUUGCAUUUAACUCUUAUUCGAGCCUAAGGUCCCAAUUUGGCAAGCUAGGGCAAAUUAUUGCUGCCCGUCCACGGUUAAAAGAGAACAGCCGAUUUCUUUUUAUUCCAGGUCCUGGUGAUGCAGUUCCUUCGACAGGUCUUCCUAAGUGUGCUCUACCUAAAUAUUUAGUUGAAGAACUCCAAAAGUAUAUUCCCAAUGCCAUAUUCUCAAGCAAUCCUUGCAGGGUAAAAUUCUAUACCCAAGAAAUUGUAUUUUUCCGCCAGGAUCAGCUGUAUACAAUGCGCCGUUCUUGUUUAUUGCCACCUUCUGAGACAGAAACUGUUGAUCCUUUUCAGCAUCUUGUUGCCACCAUAACCCAUCAGAGUCAUCUCUGUCCAUUCCCUCUAACUAAAGAACCCAUUGCAUGGAAUUUUGACCACUCCCUUCAUUUAUAUCCAACUCCGCACACGAUAGUUUUAGGAGACAGAAGUCCGCAGAAGGCUUUUAAGUACACAGGAAUCACUUGUUUUAAUACUGGUUCCUUCUCGAUGGAUAGCACAUUUGUAGUAUACCGUCCUUGCAAUCAGGAAGUUGAACUGUCAUCAUUGUGAACUGAAUAUGAUUCUUUUUGGUUGUCAUCCUCUAAUUAUCAGCAUGUCAAAUAUACCGAGUUCACUGUUAUUUUAUUAUCGGAUCAGAUAUAAAAGCAAGGCAAUGAAUGGAGCAGGAAAUCUAGUUUUGCUGCCUUUUCCUCCACGGAGUGUUGAAGUCAUAACUAUUCUUGUUUUAUGUAACUUAAUGACCUUGUCAAGAUGUGAAAAUUGUUAGUAUAGUAGGAAUGUUCUAGUCUAGUUGAGGCAGUUUAUUUUUUAUUUUGAUAGUUAUUGUAAGUUCAUUUAUAUAACUUUAUAUUACAGAAAAUGUGUUUUUUUUUAGAGUAUUAUAGUACAAUUAUUAUUGAAAUAUCAACAAAGGUUUUCCUGAUUUACUAAAA